AUGGAUGAUGAGGCCAUGAGCCCCAGCCCGCGCGCCGGUGCCGCCGCCUACGCCGGCAUCCACUGGGAGGCACACGGGCGGCUGCUCACGGCGUGCCUUGUCGCGCUCAACGUCUUCCUCGUCCUCCUCGUCUACGUCUACUUCUGGCGCUUCUUCUCGCGCUCGCGGGGCGGCGCCGGCGAGGACGACGUCGACGCCGAGGGGGCGUCUUCGGUGGCCUCGUCGCCGCCGGCGUCGCCCAAGGCCCGGGACCGGCGCGAGGUGCAGCUGGCCAUCACCGCGCUGCCCGUCUUCGUCCACUCCUCCUCUCCCGGUGGUGGCGGUGGCGGCGCCACAGGCGGCGGGCCGGCGGCGGCCGAGUGCGCGAUCUGCAUCGCGGAGUUCGCGGACGGCGACGAGGGCCGCCUGCUGCCGCGGUGCGGCCACCGCUUCCACGUGCGCUGCGUCGACACGUGGUUCCGCUUCCACACCACCUGCCCGCUCUGCCGCGCUACCGUCCUCGCCGAGGCUGCGCCGCCGGAGGAGCCAGCGCAAACCGCCAACCUACCACUGCAUCAGCAAAUUCAGCAUCAUACGGAUACGCCGAAUAGUACAGGCGCCGAUACAGAUUCUCCGGUGUGA